AUCUUAUGUUUCUAAACCUAACAAGUCCAACUACACGUGGCAAUUAUCCCAGCCAAGCAAGCUACCAAACUCUUGAAAGGUAGCUCGCUCGAAUUCCAAAAGCCCUAUUGUUCUUACUUCAUCUCUAUUUAUCACACUCAUCAUGUCUAUCAACUUUCAUUACCAUUUUCGUCAUUCAUUCUUAGAUUCUGCUAAACGGUGUGUGAAAAUGGAAACAAAUGUUGGAUCAAAGAAGAAGAUACUAUGCUUGCAUGGAUUCAGAACAAGUGGAAGCUUCCUUAAAAAGCAAAUCAGCAAAUGGGAUCCUUCCAUUUUUGCUGAUUUUGAGAUGGAAUUUCCAGAUGGAAUCUACCCAGCUGGGGGAAAAUCCGAAAUCGAGGGCAUUUUUCCACCUCCUUAUUUCGAGUGGUUUCAGUUCAACAAGGAUUUUACCGAGUACACAAACUUGGAAGCAUGUAUAGAUUACCUUUGUGAUUAUAUAGUAAGCAAAGGUCCAUUUGAUGGUCUGCUUGGCUUCUCUCAGGGAGCUACAUUAUCGGCCCUUCUAGUUGGAUAUCAAGCUCAGGGGAAAAUAUUAAAUGAGCAUCCACCUAUAAAAUUUGUUGUCUCCAUAUCAGGAUCAAAAUUUAGGGACCAAACCAUAUGUGAGAUUGCUUAUAAAGACUCAAUCAAAGCUAAAUCUGUUCAUUUCAUUGGUGAAAAAGAUUGGCUCAAACUGCCUUCAGAGGAUUUAGCCUCUGCAUUUUUUAACCCUCUCAUUAUAAGGCACCCUCAGGGCCACACAGUCCCGAGACUAGAUGAAGAUUCUGUCCAGAAACUUGGCAACUGGACUAAAGAAAUCAAUGUCCACUUGCAGAGCAGCACAAACGAAGCUUCUUUGAACGACCGAAUGGAAAAGCAGAGUGAAAACAUGAAUGAAAACGAGUUAAAUGCUUAGCUCGAAUAAGGCUCGAAUUCAGCUAGUUAAAACAAGCUCGCCUGACUCAAAUAUCAAAUAGUCGAGCCCAGUUCAGCUCGGCUCGUUUUACUAUGUGAGAUUUUAAUUAGCAGAUCAUUACUAUUACAAUAAUUGGGAUUUGUUAAGUUACAGGCCUCAAAAUGUAAAAGGCCCAAGAGUAAAUUGCUUCAGAGUUAGGUCCUUAAAAAAAAUUGUAUCUUGGUUAUAAUUAAUUUAAAAUAUUCCACAUAAAAUCUGACUCGUGUAAACUCAUCCAAUCUAUCAUGUUUAUGUAAAUUUGUAACUGAAGUCAAGCAGUCACGUGC